AGUAAACUCUGCCAGCAGUCGAAGCCAAGAUUGCAUCACAAAAACAAGCAAUACUUAUAACCCAAGGCAGGUUCUCUGCUUCUUUGUGAUGGUAAAUGGAGGCUAAAGCCGCAGUGCCUGAGCAAGAAUAAAUAGGAAAUGUGUCAUCUCUGUGGUUUUGUGUUCAGAGGUUCGUGUCAAGGAAACAGCAGCAAGAGAAUCUUGUGUUAUUCCGAUGCUCAACACAAACAUUUCCUGAGAACACACACCAGAAGUGUCGUUAUCUGAAUACAAAAAACUACUUGAAUUAGCAAAAAGUACACAAGGACUUCAAAUAAACAUUCUAAAGAUUUCAAGGGAUCCCAUGAUACCAACUAUGAGGAUGACGCAAUGCCAGCUGCAUUUCAUUGUAAUGGCAGUAGCAGCGAUGUUGUUCACCAGCCAUGCGCAAACAAACACUGAAUUAUUCAGCAGCAGCAAUUACACAACAACCAGUCUGCUUGGAAAUAAUGACUUUACUACAAGUAUACCAGUAAAAUUACAAGAAACUCUACCAAUUACAACAAAAGACCAAAGAUCAUCAACUAAAGAAGUUAUAAGCAGUAAAACACACACCUUGAGCAAUGACAUGUUCAGCUGUAGCACAGACAAAUAUAAACAGGGAAUAAUGAUUUGCAUUAUUAUAAUAGCAGUCCUGGUCCUUAUAUGUGCCAUUUUAAUAAUUUGCUUGGUUAUACUGGCCAACAAAGUGGCAAGACUUAAAAAUAAGUUGGCAACAUCAAAACGUCAGGCACGGAGCAAUGGUGAUUUUUUGAGUGCUUCUAGUAUCUUGUGGCCAACAACAAUGGACACCUGGCAGAAGAAAACACAAGCAGCUAAUCACAGCAUGGAUGAGAUUUCAUUGGGUGAUACAAAUAAUGCAGAAGAGAAGCACCAGCUCAUGCAAUCUUCAAAAGUAGAUGAUUCUAAAUAUUUUACAGAAGGAAAAAUCUCAACACUGGAAAAAGAUCACAAAAAUCCAGCGAACAUUAUUGUGGAAAUAUAAUAUUGACACAUUUUGUAUAGGUGAUCUUAGGUCCUGUAAGUUAAAAGAUGAACAUUUUUAUUUGCACAAUUUCUGUGUUUUUGUUGAAUCAUGAACUAUCAUUUUAUAUUUUUGAAACACAAAUGUUUGUACAUUUCAGCAAAGAUGGAAAAA